AGAAUUUCAGAAAACUGCACCUGCAAGGCUACAACUUGCUCAACCACAGCAGACAAAUGGCCAAGUUGCCGCGCGUUGUGAGUGGCCACCGCAAUCUUGUUUGUCCCAGGUGUAUAAUAAGCGCCCGGCCACCACCUCGCCAAAGGACCAUCCAUCUAACCCAGCGCUAGCUCUCUCUGCAAAGCUCCCUUGUCUACCAUAAGCUCGGAAGAAGACGCCGGGAAGCUCGGCUGGAGGUGAGGGGCGGUGAGGAGGUGUAUAAUGCCGUACACGGCGUCGAGGCCGUCGGCGCCGCAGAGGGCGCGGGUGGCGGCGGGGGGCGGGGGGUGGAAGGCGGCGGCGCACGCGGCGUCGUGCGGGGCGGUGCCGGGGGAGGUGGCGCGGCACCACGAGCACGCGGCGGGGGCCGGGCAGUGCUGCUCGGCGGUGGUGCAGGCGAUCGAGGCGCCCGUGGGCGCGGUGUGGGCCGUGGUGCGGCGCUUCGACCGCCCGCAGGCGUACAAGCACUUCAUCCGGAGCUGCCGCGUCGUGGACGGCGACGGCGGCGCGGUGGGGUCGGUGCGCGAGGUGCGGGUGGUGUCGGGCCUCCCCGCCACCAGCAGCCGCGAGCGGCUGGAGAUCCUGGACGACGAGCGCCGCGUGCUCAGCUUCCGCGUCGUCGGCGGCGAGCACCGCCUCUCCAACUACCGGUCGGUGACCACGGUGCACGAGGCCGCGUCGGCGGGCGCCGUCGUGGUGGAGUCGUACGUGGUGGACGUGCCCCCCGGGAACACCGCCGACGAGACGCGCACCUUCGUCGACACCAUCGUGCGGUGCAACCUCCAGUCGCUGGCGCGCACCGCCCAGCAGCUCGCCCUCGCCGCCUAGGGCAUGCCGGCCCUCCUCACCGGCGUCCACCAACAACCUUUUUCUCUUUUUUUUUCCAGGAAUUUGAUCGUCGUUGCUUAUUGUUUCCUGACUCCUUGUGCGAAUUAGUUGCCUCCAUCGAGGAGGCGAUUGAUCAUGAUCAGAUCAGCGUGUGUUCUUCUAGCUUGUGUACGUUUACCCCCUUCCAUUUUUGACUACACAUAGUACAAAUCAUUGUGUUAGUGCUACUACCAGAUACUAACCCUUGUUCAUAAA